GAUAAUGUACAUGUGCGAUGAACGAGUGCAAGUAGCGCCUGCGCUAGUUCUCCAGGAUAGCAGGUUCGGGUUAGGGUAGGUUGGUAAGGAUGGAAAGGACGGGUAGGGCGGCCAGGACACGGGGGUUGUUCGAGGCGCGAACACGAGCCAGUGCGAAGCUGUCGGUCGGCCGACUCGCGUACACGCUCGUUACUUUCCUACGGCUACCGGUCUCGGGAUCAUCAAUUUCCACGGGUCUUUACUGAAAACCACCACGGCGAAUCGAAGUCACCCUUGAACCAACGAGCGGAGAAUCGCGGGAUGACCGACGAAACGGGCCAACCAUGCGUUGUAACGCUAACGUUCGAUUAUCCUGGAACGCGUAACGUUUACCAAUAUUAAAAUUCUCGCGAAUUAAAUCGGUGGAAUAAGGUAAACGAAGAAUGGCGUUGGUCGUUACUGUGAAGAACUUUCAAGGAUUGAAGCACAGGGGGGACAAGGUCGUGAAGGUUGAUUUCCGGGGUGUUUCUCAUUACUCGAAAUGUUUGGAAGAAAACGGAGACCACAUCGCGGUGGAGGAGAGUUUCAUCUGGAAUUUGGGCAGACCGGUCGACGAAGCGGAAGUACUGCAAUUGACAGUGGUUUCGCGAGGAGUUCUCCGAAACGAGAAGGUGCUCGCAAAGUACGGCUUGGUUCUGCAAACUGUCGCGAGAGAAGGACGAAUCGUUAUCACCGAUUCCUUGGUAGACCUCAAUAACAAACCUCUUCCGGCUGUCGUUUGCUUCGAAAUUCGAUACAACCCUCCCGAUGGAAGCUGCAGCCCGUCGGAAAUAAUGGAGCCGUCCGAAAUAAUGGAGGACGAGCAACAGAUGUUGAUUGACAUCGAACAGAAUAUCGCGAAUCUCGAGAGAUGCCUCGACCAAGCCAACAGCGGUUCUGGCAGCGGGAAGAGGAAGGGUUCUUGGCAUAGCCCCGAGAAAAACUCUAGAAGGGGUUUCCUACAGAGGGGUAGUUCGAUGUCGGCUGCCGAGAAAUCGCCGGAACGUAAGAGUAGAAGCUCUACGUUGAAAAGUAUGAGGUCUUUCAUGAAGUUGGGUAAGCAAAGACCACCGCGAACUCGAUCUUGCGACAGUGGCUCGGACACCAGGGAAUUGCUCGAUAGAAGAGACUCGAGUUGCGCAACAUCCAACGAACCUUCCAGGGCAAACUCGAUGACUUCUUUGGAAUCGAACGCGUCCGACUACGAUAGCCAGGUCAGCGCGAAUCCGUCGGAACCGCAGGAGGCGAUCGCCAGACCCGCGAAGAAACCAAAACCAAAGACCACCGACACGGGACAGACCGCGUUGAAGGCGCAAGAUUAUCAAGUUUGCAUCACCAUUAUCGAAGCUAGACAAUUGGCGGGUCUGAACAUGGAUCCCGUGGUUUGCGUGCAAAUAGGUGAUCAACGAAAGUACACCAGCGUCAAAGAAUCUACAAAUUGUCCGUAUUACAACGAGUACUUUGUCUUCGAUUUUCACAUGCCGCCUGUAAUGCUGUUCGACAAGAUCAUCACCCUAUCGGUGCAGCAAUCGCGGAAUCUCUUACGCGCUAAUCUAACCCUGGGCAUCUUUAAAUUAGACAUCGCGACUGUAUGGGCACAACCAGAUCACCAAUUUUACCAUAAAUGGGCGCUGCUGACGGAUCCGGACGACGUGGCAGGCGGACCAAAGGGUUAUUUAAAGUGCGACAUAAGCGUGAUCGGGAAAGGCGACACCGUGAAAAUUCCGCCAAAGAGCGAGAAAGACGAGGACGAUAUCGAGGGGAAUCUUUUGCUUCCGGACGGUGUGCCUAUCGAGAGACAAAGGGCAAAGUUUAUCGUAAAGGUGUACAGGGCCGAUGGGCUGCCGAAGAUGAACAGCAGCAUCAUGGCGAACGUGAAGAAAGCCUUUACAGGGGAAAUCAAGGAUCUCGUCGAUCCUUACGUUCAAGUGUCCUUCGCUGGAUUGACGGGCAAAACAAGCGUUAAACGGCACAGUUACGCGCCAGUUUGGAACGAGCAAAUCGUUUUCUCGGAAAUGUUCCCACCCCUUUGUCAAAGGAUUAAAAUCCAACUGUGCGACAACGAUCCGGUACACGCUACAGUGAUCGGCACCCAUUUCGUCGAUUUGAAACAAAUCAGCAACGACGGGGAGAAAGGUUUUCUACCCACAUUCGGACCGGCGUUCAUUCACUUUUAUGGAAGCAUCCGAGAUUAUAGUCUCAUCGAUCAGCAUUCAACCCUGAACGUUGGACUGGGCGAAGGAAUCUCUUACAGAGCAAGAUUACUUGUUGCGAUCAGAACGGAAAUAAGCGACAACAUCGAAAUAGCUCAGUCGGAGGUUGAAGUCGAACCUACGGUGCCCAUCAAUGAAUUAGCUUACGCGAGGAACGAAGAAUUCUUCCUGUUCGCCACGAUAAUGGACGCCACGAUGAUCGAUAAGAAGCUCGGCGACAAACCGAUGUACUUCGAGUUAUCCAUAGGAAACGCGGGCAACGCUUUGGAUGGUCACAAUGAAAGCUCCAAAAUGUGCGAGCUGGGACCAAAAAGUGGAACGAGCGGAGACCAAGAAGAAUUGCAGGAAGUGUUGAGCGGAUCCUGGCAGAGCACCACCCCAGCUUCCAAACCGAUGACACACGAUAAAAUUUAUUAUUUCUUACCGUACUGGGAUGAUAAACCUUGUCUCCACGUUAGGAGCAUCUGGCCCGACUACAGGCGUAGAAUGUACAACAGUAAUAUCAUUGGUAAAAUUGCUGACAAACUGGAAGAAGGAUUGUCAGAGACACAGUUGCACGUGGACGAUUGCUCCGGUGAGAAAAUAUUAAAGUCCACCCUGGAGGAAUUGAGCAGCAAUUGCAAUCGAUACGUGAGUAUCAGUAAAUCGAGUCUCACUGGACCGGGGGUUGGAAAAACGAAGCUCGAUAAAGAAAGAACGAAGCUGUGUCAAAGGGAACUGGAGAAUAUUGGAAUCAUGUCGAGGAAUCUCAAAGCGGUGGUCACUAAAAGUAGCUUCAAGGAAAGAUUGAAGACUGCUCAGGGUUACCUGCAGAAAUUAAAGUUUCUUCUCGAGGAUCCUCAAGAUUCUUUGCCGGAUGUUUUUGUUUGGGUGAUCAGUUCCGGAAGAAGGGUGGCUUAUCAAAGAAUACCUGGCAGAGAUUUGAUCUACUCUAUCGUCGACGAGGAGUGCGGCAAGUCUUGCGGCAAAGUGCAAACGAUGUUUCUAAAACUUCCAGGUAAAAAGAGAUUCGGCCCUUCCGGCUGGGCGAUACAAACGAAAUUGCAAAUUUACAUGUGGAUGGGUAUCUUGAAGCACAAAAAGUACUUUAUCCAAGGUUUACCAAAGGGAUACGAGAUCAGUCACGAGGUGAAAAACGUGGAACGACCUCGUGCUCUACCGCCUACCAUUAUUCAUUACGUCGAGAAACACAAGUUCGAGUUAAGAGCGCAUAUGUAUCAAGCCCGAUCUUUGAUCGGCAGCGACGCAUCCGGUCUUUCCGAUCCAUUCGCCAGAGUAAUAUGCGGCGAGUUUUGCAAGUCUACGCAAGUGAUCGACGAAACUUUGAGCCCAACCUGGGACGAGCUUCUACUUUUCGACGACAUCUUGAUCUACGGCACUGCCGAAGAGAUAAAAAAGGAUCCACCAUCGAUCGUCAUCGAGAUCUUCGAUCAGGAUAAAGUGGGGAAAUCAGAGUACAUAGGACGAGCUGUCGCGCGACCUCACGUAAAACUCGCCUCGGAAUCUUACACGCCACCGGAAUUUCCACCGUCGUUGGAAUGGUACGACGUGAGCAGAGGUGCGGCAAGAGCUGGCGAGCUCCUCGCUGUUUUCGAAUUGCUCGAAUAUCCUUCAACGAAGGAUUACGGUUUCCCAACGUUACCAGACCCGAAGGAAAGAUUGCCGCAAACGACCACCUCUCUCCUCGAUCAGGGACCUAUAUUCCCGGUACCGGUUGGCAUCCGACCGACCCUAUCAAAGUAUCGAAUCGAGGUUUUGUUCUGGGGUUUGCGAGACCUGAAGAGGAUACACUUGAUGACCGUGGACAAGCCUCGCGUGGACGUCGAAUGUGCCGGUCACAUCCUCUACUCUUCGGUUAUAGCGAACGCGAAGAAGAACCCAAACUUCAACACGCCGAUCAAAUUUCUGGAACUCGAGCUACCGGAACAGGAAUUGUAUCGUCCGCCGUUAACGAUCAGAGCUGUCGACUGUAGAAGCUUUGGACGGUACACUCUGGUCGGCACCCAUACGAUUAACUCCAUUCACAAAUACAUGUACUGUCCGCAAACGAAGAAGGCAAAGGAUGCCGAGGAUCGUAAGAAGAAUCUCUAUCAAUUACAGCAAUACACGGCAGGUUUCGACACAUCGAAAACGAAAUAUCAUCAAAGCUCUCUGCCAGAGUCUUUGACAGACGUCGAGUUCAAUAACGGAGACACGAUCAUUACCUUAGGUUUAGAGCUGGCUUGGCCAACGAAGAGAGACAAGACGGAACAGAACAUACGAAAGAAGCAAAGUUUGGUCAACGAUCAAAGCACUGGUGAUUUCUCGAACUUCGAUGACGAGGACGGCUGCCAAGACUGGUGGACCAAGUACUUCGCCUCGGUCGAGGCGAUGAUAGAAGAGAACAAAGAACUCCGUAAGGAGAAACCAAUGUUCCCUGCACAAUCAAACGGCACCGUGCCGAUGUAUUUGGAGGAGAAUUAUUCUCAAGCUCAAAUGAACCUCUCGGGAGAGAGGAGUCCAGGCGUUGCCACGAAGAAACUGUUCGGCCUAAAAUCCACCGCGAACGCGGCGAGGUUCGUCUCGAAGAUCAGUCCGAAGCAAACGUAUCAGAAAUUCCCGAAGACGGCGUUGUUGAAAAUUUAUCCGAACGAAUUAGAGGCUCAGCCACAAUUUGAACAAUUCAAGGAAUGGUUGCACACGUUCGAGCUGUAUCGAGGAAAGAAGACCGGCGACGAGCCCGAAGACGAGUCCAGGAUAGUUGGAAGCUUCAAGGGUGCUUUGAAGGUUUACAAAUGGCCUCUUCCCAGGGACUUGAUAGACCACACGGUGAUGGGAUUCGAUCCCCAAUACGGUUUCUUUCAAGGUGUACCAUCGAACGAACCGAUCCACGUCCUGGUGCGAGUCUACAUAGUCAAAGCUAACGAUCUUCAUCCUUGCGACUUGAACGGCAAGGCAGAUCCUUACGUUGUUUUACAAUUGGGAGGCAAAAGAAUCAGCGACAAGGAACAUUACGUAUCGAAACAACUUAAUCCUGUGUUUGGCAAGUACGUAACGAUCGAUCUUUCGAUACCCGAGUACGUAAUAUCUUUAUCCUGUCGUUUAUUUCCAAGGUGUUUCGAGAUAGAAGCAACCUUUCCCCAGGACUCGUUGCUAACCGUACAAGUCUUGGACUGGGACUUGGUCGGUGCAGACGACAUGAUCGGUGAAACGAAGAUCGAUUUGGAGAACCGAUUCUACAGCAGGCACCGUGCCACCUGCGGUUUAGCCAAGAAAUACGACGAAUCCGGUUACAACAAGUGGAGAGACGCGAUGAAGCCGACGCAAAUUUUGUCGAAAUUAUGUAAAGAUGGAAAGGUUGAUGGACCGGUGUAUUCGCACGGGAAAGUAACUAUAGGAAGAAAGACUUUUUCCUUGGCGAACGAAGAAAUGGAAUACUAUGUUCACGCGAAAGGCAUUGAAGAACAGCUCGCAUUGGCGGUUCUUCAUCAGUGGCAUCAUUUUCCGAGAUUUGGUUGCGCCUUGGUACCGGAGCACGUGGAAACGCGUCCUCUUUAUAAUCCAGAGAAGCCAGGUAUCGAGCAAGGGAAGUUGGAAAUGUGGGUCGACAUGUUCCCCAUGGACAUGCCUUCGCCAAGUGCGUCGAUCGAUAUUUCACCUAGAAAACCAAAGAGUUACGAGCUUAGGAUCAUUAUUUGGAACACCGAUGAUGUUGUACUGGAGGACGAUGCCUUCUUCACCGGGGAAAAGAUGAGCGAUAUUUACGUGAAAGGGUGGUUGAAAGGUCCAGAGGACUGUCAGUCGACGGAUAUUCACUAUCGAUCCUUAACCGGGGAAGGAAAUUUUAAUUGGCGUUUCAUAUUUCCGUUCGAUUAUUUGGUGGCUGAGGAAAAGAUUGUCAUUAAUCGAAAGGAGAGCCUCUUCAGCUGGGACGAGACCGAAUGCAAGAUUCCAGCUCGUUUAGAAUUACAAGUCUGGGACGCGGAUCAUUUUUCGGCCGAUGAUUUUCUCGGUGCCAUCACUCUUGACUUAAAUCGGUUUCCUCGAGGUGCAAAGAACAGCAAACUCUGCACGUUGAGUAUGUUGAAAACAGACGGUACUGUGCCAACGGUAAAUAUUUUCAAGCAAAAACGGAUAAAGGGUUGGUGGCCGUUUUAUGUGAAGAAGGAGAACGAAGACAUGGAAUUAACGGGUAAAGUAGAAGCUGAAAUUCAUUUAUUAACGAAAGAAGAAGCUGAAAAGAAUCCAGCUGGCUAUGGUAGAAACGAACCGGAUCCGCUGGACAAACCGAAGCGUCCCGAUGCGUCUUUCAUGUGGUUUUUGAAUCCCUUGAAAUCCAUCAAAUAUAUUGUAUGGCACAAUUACAAGUGGGCAAUUUUGAAAGCGUUCGUAACAAUCGGUUUAAUAGCACUCGUAUUAUUGUUCUUCUACGCGAUACCUGGUUACUCUGUUAAAAAAUUGUUGGGAGCUUAAAUACGACUUUCAAAUUUCAGUCGUAGGUAUGAC